ACAGACUCCACCUGAACUCCUCACAGCUGAAUAGCAGUAUUGUAUUGCUCAUGGUCUCUGUUUCACUGGCUGUAUUUAUGAGUAGAGUGGAUCAUUUCAUUGCAAUGGACCAUGUUAUGUUGUUGCUGGUGUGUGUUGCUCCUGUGGUUCGGUGCUACAGCUCAGGUCAAGUUAUGGACAGCUGUGAAGACAUGCGACCCCACCACUCUGGGCUGAGCCCGCAGACGGAACCUGCAGCCUUCAUCGUCACUACGGACCACAGCAGCUACAGACUUGGAGAGGAGGUGAAAGUUCAGCUCCAGGCUCCAGCUUCCACACCAUUCAUUGGUUUCCUGUUAGAGGCUAGAGAAGUGGGGGGGCAGUCUCCUGUGGGCAGCUUCGUCCUGACAACAGGGGCCGCUCAGCUCCUCACCUGCAGCUGGAGACCUAACUCAGCUGUAUCCCACAGAUCAGAGUCUGUUAAAACCUCCAUUCAGGUGACAUGGAGAUCAGAAGCGACAGCAGACGCGAAACCCAUUCAGUUCCAUGCAUCCUUCGUGCAGAAUUACAGGACAUUCUGGGUUGAUGUUACAAGUCCUGCCCUGACCUUCACUAAUGACAGUACUGGUGGAACUACAAGUCCCGCCACUACACCAACAACAACCAGUUCCACCACUACACCAACAACGACAAUUACAAUACAUCAACCUGCACCACCUGUUAUAAGUAUCUCCAGUGCAGAGUGUGGUGUCACCAAGGUGUGUUUCAGUCAGCCUUCAAACUGUGACCCGAUAGUCAGUGCUGACUGUUAUUUCAUGUCAGCCAUGAUGUUGUCGCCCAGUGAUGCAGCCGUCCGCUAUGAGAUGACAGGCCCUUCUGAUGGUUACAUCUCUUUUGGAUUCUCAGAUGAUCAGAUGAUGGGACAGGAUGACAUUUACAUUUGUGGCAUAGGCAGCAACGGCCUGAUGCAGUUGCAGCAUGCCUUUUCAACAGGACAAACAGCUCCACUAGCUCUUCCUCUGGGAAAUGUUUCUGAUGUAAGAGCAUCAAGGCAGGACAGGGUGAUCAGCUGUUCCUUCACCUCAAUGAACACUUUUUCUACUCAGCGGACCACUGACUUCAACAAAACCUACUUUCUCAUGUUUGCCCAUGGACCCAGCAGCAAUGGACAAAUCCAGUUCCAUACUGGUACCUUCAUCAGCACUGACAAGGUAGACAUUUCCAGACCUCAGCUUGUCAGAAAAGCUGGAUGGCCUCAUAUCAUCAAAGCACAUGGAGCACUGAUGCUGAUAGCCUGGAUGACCACAGGAUCACUGGGAAUGAUGGUUGCCCGAUAUCUGAAAGGAGUGGCCAAAGGACAGAACAUGUGGGGAAAAGAUGUCUGGUUUCUGGUCCAUGUUGCAGUGAUGAAUGUGACGGUAGCUGCCACAAUCAUCGCAUUCAUCCUCUCCUUCUCAUACGUCAAGGCCUGGUCUGGGGGAGCACAUCCUGUGUUAGGCUGCCUGGUUAUGAGCCUCUCUGUACUCCAGCCCAUAAUGGCUCUGCUGCGCUGUGAACCACAACAUCCACUGAGAUUUCUGUUCAAUUGGCCACAUGCUUUAAAUGGAGUGGCAAUAAAAGCUUUAUCUGUAGCGGCCAUAUUAACAGGCUUGAAGUUAACUGACAGCACUCUGGACCAAUGGCUGAUGAAAGUGAUGAGUGGUUCUGUUGGCUGGGAAGCUUUGUUCUACAUCUUGUUGGAUGUCCAUUACAAAUGGAAGGUUAAGAGUACAGAUACUUUGGAAUCAAAAAUGAUAACAGUUGAUGUCCUGCUGAUGACUCUGUUCUUCCUGGGAAACUUUACCUUUUUGGUGGCACUGUUGGUUGGAAUUGGGAUGUCAUAAGAAGGGAAUGAAGAAUGCAAAAAAAACCUACUAAAGCAUUUCUAUUAUAUACCAGGAAUUUGCCAAAUUCUUAGAUCGAUUUUUUUAAAUCUAAAACUGCAUUUUUUUAACGAAAUCCUUGAACAUAUUGUUUUAAUGUCUAAUUUGUAUGCCCUGCCUCAAAAUAAAUAAAAUAAAAAUUACACA